AUGUUAACCAGAUCUGAAGUCAGCAAGCACCAAUCGAGAGACAGAGGUCUGGUAAUAAUUAAAGGAAAUGUUUACGACCUGACCUCGUACUUAGACAGUAUGGAACUAUCGGCUUGUACUAGGCCCUGUAGCAGAGUCCAACGUGGGCAUCCAACCAGGUCCAGCACUACCCGGACCUCUCUCUCAGAAAGAACUACCGACAAGAAGGUCUUUUCACUCCUCAGAUCUGUAGUCAAUAUCCACGACUUCGAACACGCCGCUUCUCAAGUAUUGGCUCCCCGUUCAUUUGCCUUCUUCAAGCCAGGGGCUAAUGAUGAAUACACGGCGCAAUGGAAUCAAGAGAGAGGUAGCAAACUCACACAUCCAAGUGGAGAUUUGGCUUUGACACAAGCCGCUGGAAAGCAUGACAUUCUUGAUUGGGUACCUAACAACAGCGGUUGCACGCAAAAACAGUUGGCAAAUGCACGUGCGGUCUCUCAGACAUUAUACUGGCAGAUCUAUGCUAUGGAGGACCUUUCUGUAACAGAAAAUGAGAUAAAGCAGGCUAUUGCUUUGGGUUACCGAGCCUUUGCUUUGACUGUCGAUGCGCCUCGAGCUGGCAAACGCGAGAGAGAUGUGCGACUGACCAUUGAGGUAUGCAAAUGUGUCACCUGUGCUUCUGUAGUCAGAACAGCUUUACAAUGUCUAGGGAUGAAGAUAACGGUUUUGCCAGUGGCCCGACGAUCGCGCGGUCCAAUCAAGUGCAUCCAGUCAUGGGAAGAUGCCGUGCUAUGCAUGGAGCAUGGGGUGCACCCAUGGCUAUCAAAUCACGGUGGUCGAGAAAGUUCUGAGGUCUUUCGCCGUUGCGAAGUUAUUGUCGAUGGCGGCAUCUGUCGCGGUGCUGAUAUUGUCAACCAUUACAGUAACAUCUAUAGAUACUCCUAG